UUUCUUCAAAUCGCGAGCGCCGCGGCGUUAUUUUUUUUUUUCGUCGCAUUUCAAGACUCACACGUGAAAGUUUGUCCGUGCACGAUGUGCUCGUAGAUGGUGAGUUUUGCGGUUUGUGCAUGUCGAGUGCGUGUAAUGUGACAGUUUGGUUUUUGUGUCGGAACGUUUUAACGGUUUUUUUUAACACUUACUAUGACUUGGAUUUGUUCUUUGCACUACUUGUGGACUUACUAGAGUUGAACGAAAAAGCCGAUUACAUCGCAAAAUCAGAUACGCAUUAAUACACAUUAACGUCAAAGUGCAAAUUGAAUAAAAUCCAGACAACUAAUCGGAUUGAAAUCGAUCACAUCGGAGAUUUUAAAUUUGACAUGGAAUUCGAAGAAUUCACCGCGAUUCAGUAGAUCCCCCACGGGAGAGUCGAUUGAUGGGGUGAUUUAAAGUUGUGCACGUCAAAAUGUGAUGGCAUCGGGCAGAACGGUACGGCAAGUGAAACACGGUGAACGGUUACGGCGAUCGCAAACGUCACUGAAUCCGUUGUCGGCACCGGACGCCAGUUUCAAACCCGUGUGUGAUGUGGCCAAAGUGGUCAAGACCAACGCUUUCGUUGAGGUGGAAGGUUAUGGGCCAUACAAGCCGGUGCCUCCCCCAAAACCACUGCCCCAACAGCCGACCCAAAACCAGCAGCAGCAGCAGCAACAACAACCGAUCUCACUCACCCCGCCUCCGUACAGGAUGCCCCCGUACCCCUUGUACAACGAGCCCAGCAUCCCUGGAGCCGCCGCCGGUUUAGAGACGCCGAUUGCCGCCUCCUCGCCCGCCACGACUCAGGGUCUCCACACGCACUCCAGCAAGUUCCCGAUCGAAAGGGAGGUGAUCCUGUCGAGCACCGACAAGAACUCGAAGAUACCAAUUUUGCACGACUACAAGAAACGUACGAAAGCGACGAUCGCACCGGACGCGCCGCCCAAACAGAUGGCGGCCUGGACCCAAGGGCAGAUGCAGAACCACCAGAUUCUUCCCGAUGAGACACAUUCCGGAUUGAUACAAACCAUACAACAAACGGGGGACGUUAACGGUCCAGUUUACCGUGCCACGUAUCAUCCAGCCCAGGAAUACUACAAUGGACAGCCUUCAACUGGGGCCGUGCCCAGAUCCUCUUGGUAUGGAGGCGGCGAUCCAAACAAACCAGCACCAAGACCCAUAAAUGAGGAAUUCAACAACUCGCAAACUGUCGUACAAAUUGAAGGCAAAGAGUCCGGCCAAAAGGAACAAAACAAGAACUCAAAGUCGAUGACCAAAACGUACCACACAAUCAAGGAUAUAAUAUCCAGUAAAUUUAAGAGCAACAAGGACAGUAACGAGGAUAAACCAGAAGAACCGGGUCUGAAUAAUGUUACCGAGGAGCUGAGAAAGAGCCAAGGAAAUCUGGUGGAGGAAGAGAAAAAGGCGCAAGGCGAUCGUAAUGUGGCGAUGCAGCAGCAUCAGUACAGCCAGCAUAUGAUUCAGCAGCAUUUGCUAGCUCAACAGGCGCAACAACAAUAUCAAGUCAAUCAACAGAUGAAGACGCAACAACAGUACACGCAACAACUGUCGCAGUCGAGGUCGCAAGAGAUGUUAUCCACAAGGCAGGAUGAGGCGAUGUAUUAUCAGGGCAACUACAACGGCACUCCUCAGAGAAAUUCUAGGUUUCCGCAAAACAGGGAGCAGCAAAACUAUCAGAUGCAAGGACAAAUGCAGUACAUGAAUGGUAAGGAAGUGGCAGCCAAGGACGAGAGACGGCAACCCAUCGCAUUAGAACGACGCAGCGCCCAGCAAAUUGAACGCGACAACCAAAGACAGAAGAGCUUCGAAGCCCGCAGAACCGCUUCCCAGCCCCAACUCGCCUACGAUGAUGAGGUUAAGACUGAAAUUCAAGAUCACCGACCUCAACCGCAGGCGGCAUCUUCAACGCCGAGCAGACGAGGUUCGCACGGCAACAUCAUGGAGGCGAACAGAAAACAGGAGCAGGAAAAGGACAGUGACGAUGGUGGAUUUUUGAAAAGACACGGCUCGAAGGAGAGAAGGUUGGAUGGUGGUCAAAAAUUGGAUGACGGCAGCUCAAAUGGAGAUAGUAAAGUCACGGAUGCGCUUCAAGGUGCCCCCCGGAAGAAGCUAGAAGGCGAAAUUGGAAAAAUAGAGGGUGUCUAUAACGUAGGACACAGAAGUAAACCAAACGAAGAGGAUGCGAUGAGGAUAACAAAGAAAAACAAUCCAAGUUCUGGUACAAGUUCCGACUACGACAAAGCUGGUGGUCAGUCGUCUUCUAACGUGGACUCUGGUCGUGGUAGUGCGGCUUAUAGCAGUGGACGAAGACCAGGUGGUCUUGAUCUCAUGGGUGACACCGAAAAUUCAUCGCACGGCAAUAACCCCAAUUUCCGCGACCAUCACGGAUCAAAUCACGAUCCGGAAUGGGUAGACAUAGUAGAAAACGAGUUGAGGCAUAUUUUGGAACCGAGACUCCACGAAUUGUCUUUACAAGGAAACGGAGGAAUGGCUAAUUCUACAAUGAGUGAAAGCAUAUCUUCUAUGACACCUCCUUUGCCACCAUUAUCUCCAGGUGAUCAAUCUUCUCCAAAUAUGACUCCUAGAAAUUCCACUAGAUACAAACAUAGCAGUUUACCUUACGGAAGUAAACCGGAUUAUGAUGGAUAUAAGUCAAAGAACCACUCCAGAGAAAUGAUGAAUUCAUCUCGAUGGAAUGCCAAUUCUUCGAAUAAGCAUAGAUCGGGGAAAAAGAUUGAUCACAACGCUAUUUUAAGGAGUAAACAAAUUUUUGGUCUGGACACAACUGAUUUAACAUCAACAACAACAAGAUCACUGGAUUUGGAGUCAAUGUUGGACGGUCAAAGUGAUUCGGAAGGAGACAUUAGUACAACAGACGCGAGAACUAUAAGAAAACAAUUAGAAGGCUUGGAAAGUAUGUACUCGGAAGUUCUCAAACUUUUGGGUGUGAAAAAACAAACCGGAAGAUACCAACCGUCCGAUCCAAGAUUCAGUAAACGUCGUUAUGGAAGUAUGUCAUCCUUACCAUCAAGUUCUGUCAGUAGUCGACCUAUCAGAGACAAAAGAAGAGCUAGUGAAGACCGAAAGAAGGUUCGAGACAUACGUGGCAUCAACAAAAGAUUCCAAAGGUUAGAAUCUCACGUUGUAACAUUGGCAAGAUCAGUAGCGCAUUUAUCAUCUGAAAUGAGAACUCAGCAUCUGAUGAUUCAAGAAAUGGAGAACAUUCGAGGGGAGAUUGCAGCUCUUAGGACACAGACCAACAUGCUAAAUGUACGUUCACAGUCGACGUCCCGAGCUGUUAGUAGUGCUAAAGAGUUGCCUACUUUGGCCAACCCCACAAGAGUUAAGAAGUUGACCAAGUUUUUUGGAGAUGAGCCGCCAUUAUUGAGACUAUUUUUGAGAAAAUUAGGCUAUGAGAAAUAUGCGAAUUUAUUUGAAAACGAGCGGAUUGGAAUGGUGGAACUUCCAUAUUUAAGCGAAGAAAGGCUUCAAAAGAUGGGACUGCCACUUGGUCCACGUCUGAGAAUAAUGCAGGAAGCCCAGAUAUCUGUUUGUAAAGACAACACACUGUGCAUUGUUUAAGUUUGAUACUGUGAAUGAAUCGACUCGUUGAGCUUAUUGCAAAAAUGGCGGCUCAUAAAAGACCUCGGUGUUAGUUUAUUAUUGUACCUUUAAAUUCUAGAAAUAUUGUUUUUUUCAAUACAGACUGACGAAAAUCUGUCAAUUGAAUGUCUCAAUAUCUAAAUAUUUUUUUGAUCUAUUGAAUCAGCAACUGUUUUCUAAGGAGAUAGAGCGAAAGGAAGAGAUUCCUGAACAUUGUAAUGGAAAAAUCUCUAUAUUGGAAAACAAGAAUGUACUUUACAGAUGUUAUAGGCUUUUCCAGUAUAUGAAUCUUUUACAAAAUUAAAAACAGUGAUGUUAAUCAGAUCCGACCAUCCUUUGGAAACAGUUGAGGUAAAUGGAUCUAAAAUUAUUUAUAGAGAACUUCAUUUGGCAAUGCAAAUAAAGGCAGCCUGUAUACUCAUUUAUCAUAUAGAGAUAAGGUCCUUAUCAUAAAUCAUAAUUGUAAAUAAUCACUAUUUUUGUAUAUUUAUAAUUUUUGUAGUUUCAUGUUUUGUAUAUAAUUAAAUGUGAAGUAAUAUAUUUUAUUGCCAAUAACGCCAAAGAUUAAUUUCUUUGUAAUUUCUGAUACAAAAUAUUAAUUUUUACUCUUAGGUUUUGUAUUAAAUAAAUAUUUAUAU